AUGGUUCUGUGGAACGGAUUUUCAUUUCAGGGUGUCCAAAUACUUCACUGGACCACUCGAUCGCGCCUUCCCGUGAUUCCCAUUGGUCUAAAGGACACCCACUUCAUCGACUUCAAGACGCACUUCUCGUCUUUCAUUGUCUCGCAUUAUCACGAGGAUCCGGGGAAGUUUAGCGAGGCACUAAAUCGACUCACCCUCUCCCGAUCGAAAGUUACGGAGCCUCAAAGGUCAGCAAAUGGUCUCAGAGAUUUCAGAGCUUACUAUAACCUCCUCAAUACCAUCGAACGACGAUUCUUCGACGAGUCUGUUCACCACGGAUUCCGCUUUUCUUGGUCCGAUGCAUUUACCGGGGAACAGCACAAUCAACGAUCGCCAGCUUUCGAAAAAGGCUCUCUCAUCUUCAACUAUGCUGCUCUCUGUUCGCAAAUUGCUGCUGCUUGCGUACGUCUCUUGCAAUCUCCUACCAAUGCUCAAAUUUCAGGAUUGGGAAGUUAA